UGCAACAACGACGUAACCGUGAAAUUUGAGAUUUCGUGUUUGUGCCUGCUCCGUGUGGUAGAAGGGUGUAAAAGUCUCGUGGUGAUGUCGGCCAAGUCAUAUUCGACCAUCUAAGCACCUGUACUAAGGCUCAAAGUCGAGCGUAGUGCGGAGAAAAUUUCUCUGGACUAACAUCUCGAAAGCGGUACAACAACGACGCAACCUGCUCCUCCCAGCCUCACGUGCGUAUGGCCAAUCAGCGGCGCGGUGGCAGCCGCCCGGGGCGGGGGAGCCAAUCACAGCACCGUUGCCAUGGUGACACACUCACCACGUGCUCAUCCACUCUGCCUUUUAACACGCCAGAGCACAGACGCACGCUACCUUUCUCGUGACUCUCUACGCAACUAUGGCUUCUCCCAGCACUUCCACCUCCGUUCCUGCCGUGGAAGAGCGUCCUGAACGUCCAGGGGACGAGCUGCAGAUGAGGAAGAGGAGGGAUGAGACGCAGUGGAAGAGGAACCUGGCUAAGAGGAAGAGGAACUCCGGGCAGGAAUACGUGGGGCUGAACACGGGGAAGACUGUGGCGGCGAAGCAGGUUGGACCACCAUGUGGGUGUCCUAAGGGCUGCUUCCUGAAGCUUGGAGAGGAAGUUGUGCAGCGUAUCUUCUCCGAGUACUGGAAGAUGGGGGACUACAACGCGCAGUCAGCCUACAUUGUCACCAUGGUCCUGUCGAAGGAGGUGAAGACAUCGGGUGUGGGAGCUGGCAGCAGGAGGAAGGCGACGCUGGAGUAUGGUGUGAACGUCGACAGCAAGAGGGUGGUCGUCUGCAAGAAGGCGUUUCUUAGCAUCCACGCCUUAAGUGACAAGCGAGUCCUUACUGUCCUCAAGAAGUUGGGGGACACAGGUGUGGCUGCAGGCGACCAGCGCGGGACUCACGGCCACCCUCACAACAAGAAACCUGACGACGUCGAGCGGCUUGCACAGGAGCACAUCAAGUCCCUUCCUCUCUGCUCGUCACACUACUCCCGUGCCAAGUCACGCAACAAGAUGUACCUGCCUCCCGACUUCACCCAGGCCCACUGUUACUCCCUCUUCAAGCACUGGUGUGAGGAGAAGGGUGUUGAGGACGACAUGGUGAUGAGCUUUGACGGCUACAAGCGGAAGCUCUACGAGUUCAACAUCGACCAUCCACGGAAAGUCUUGAAGAUUUCCCAUGCUGACUUGCCCAUCAAGGACAUAGAGGUUGUGGAGGUGAAGGAGGAGCAGACAUACACAGAGGAGGCAGAGAAAAUGCAUCCCCUUCAGGAGCACGACCCCCUCUCCAUAGAACUUGACCCUGUCUCAUGGCAGUCCUCUUCCUUGCAGGAGGAGCUUCAACCCAAAGGCAGAGAUUGUCAUAGAGUCUACGUCAAAGAAGAAAUAGAUAUCAAAGAAGAGGACAUUGGUUACUUCAACACUGAAGAAGUUGCUGAGUAUGUAACAGAGAAGAGCCUCUUCCAGGGACCACAUGUAUUAUGACCAAGAAGCCCUCUUUGAAAAGAAAAAAAAAAGUGAUUAAGAAAGUUUACAACUUCUUAGGUCAUAGAAGAAAACCAUAAUCAUAUUAUCAGCUCUGCAAGACAAUAACUUUCCCAACAUUCUCCACCUACUUUGUAAGAUGUCAGUGUAAUUUUUCAUGUCAUCGUCAUCAUUAGCUGUAGGUAAAAGGCCUUUCCCAUUAUUCUCAAACCCCUCUGUCUGAUAUUGAUGUACUGUCAUGUCAUAAUCCUAAUCAGCAACAGCAGCCAUUAAUAGCUCUGCAAGGCUUUUCCCAAUAAAACUAUAGCUAUCCUCAGACACCACAUCAGAACAGAUCAGAUAGUGCUAACAUGGGGUAAAAGGAGAAUAAAAGGCUGGUAUGCUCAAACAAUUCAUAAAAUUAUACACAUAGAUAUCUAUAUGCAACAUUUUGUGCUGUUGUGGUCACUCUAAUAAUAAUAAAAAUAAUAAUAGUUAUAGUAAUGAUGCAUUUAACACACUUCUAUGUAUGUUAAAAUUCCAUAAUAAUGAUAAAAAAAGGCUUCAGAGAGCAUUGCAGAAAAACCUGUAUAGUAUAAUGGUAUAAAACAUUUUUUUUUACAUGUUACUUUCAUUUUUCAACAACAUGGUUUUGGGAAGAGGAAAUCCUGCCUUUGCAUUUACAAUCUUUCCUCUUAACUCACUCCUUUAUCUACACAUUCCACCGAUACACUUUUCAUCAUUCUUUAAUCUCUACAUCAACAUAUUUUCAACUCAUUCAUUUAACAUUUCAUCAGCACCUUUUCUGAGAUUUCAAUAACUACAUAUAUAUGAACACACUUUGACCAUACAAGUCAUCUUUUAAUCUUCUUCCUAUUAACAUUAAAUCAAAACAGGUUAACUUCAUUCUUUCAUCACCAUGGCUUCAGCAACAGGAAAACGUGCUUGUCCAUUCCUUCAACUUAACAUCCACACACUUCUUGGCCUUUCAAUUACCUUUACUAUUACCAUUACUAUAUCCUUUUUCCCUCUUCCUUUUUCUUCUUUAUAUGUAAGGUUUCAACAAUAGAAAACCUAAUUCCUUUAAACUUACAGCAACAAAACACAUCUCACUCCUCCCUUUCCUAUUUUCAUCAGCACGGUUUUAGAAUCAAAAGAACCUGCUUGUAUGUUUUUCCAAAGACUCCUCAGGUUAAAAAUACUCUCACUUAUUAAAGAGAGACACACACAGAUAGUUAUAGAUAUAUAUGAAUCAGUAUAAUACAGCAGCAGUCUGUAUAUGAUAGUAAUACAUCAUUCAUAUUAAUACAAGACAUGAAUACAUACAAAUACUUAUAUACUUCCCUUCUGAACACAUGGCCCUAUACAUACACACUUCUAUAUAUGCUGUUUCUGUCUUUGUCUCCAUCUAUUUAUUAUUAUUAACACUCCAUCAUCCACCUUCUCCUCAGGGUUAUCACAAGGUCUUGUUAUAGUAGUAGUAACAACAACAAUAAAAAUAAUAAAAAUAAUAAUAGAUGAUACUAAUAGAAAAAGCUAUAAAUAAUAAUAAUAAAGGAUUUUCUGCUUCAGUACAGGAGGCAGCACGGUCAGUCAUUCUGUCUGUACCGAGCGACUUACUGAAACACAGGCCACCAAGGUUCGUAUUUUAAACAUGCUCAGUUCCCAUUACGACUAUUUUCCAAGCCCAUACAGAAGAUUAAGCGGGUUUUCAUAGGUGUUUUUUCCCAUUCGUGGUGCUGAGGUCAUGCAAAACUAUCACAAGGAUCACAAAACAGCCCAUGAAAAUCCCGGCAACUUCUACGAGUCUUUUCAAACAGGCAAGCUGAGGUGAUGAUAUGUUUGAGAAUAUGAGCCUAAGGAUACAAUGUUGUCCUCUAGUACACAGCAGAAGCAUUAACCCCUUCAACAUGAGGACGCGUAUAUGUACUGCAUUCUUGCGUGCCCCGUACCAUAUCCGAGGAAGCGCAUACUGCGUCCUGGUGCGCUUUAGCCAAUAUACGAGUUAUUUUAUCUAUAUAUUUAUGCUUACAUCUCAAAAUUAUCAAUUAAUUUAUGCUUCUUUAUGUGCGGCAUUUAAUUCUGUAUGUUUUCAUAUAUAAUACAUGAUGAUUAUGUUGAGUUUAAGGCUGAAAACUUUUUAUAUUCAAUAGUGACAUUUGAAAUUUGGCGCGCGCGGCGAUCCCGUAUACGGCCGUAGUGAAGGGGUUAAAGGUCCCUCACAGCUAUAAAAACAAUAACAUAAAGACCUGGAGAGUAGCAAGUGGUGUCAACUGAAAGUUCUAAGCCCCAUAACCCACCAUUUCAUCCCAUUAUAUAGGAGUCUGAGGGUGUGGGAUAAGGGAUCUGAUACUGUAAUGUUUUCCCAAAGAUCAGACUGAGAACCAGAUCCUGAGCAUGUUUAAUUGAGAUUUGGUGUGUCAAUAGAGAGAUGCGUAUGUGAAAGAAUGUGUGUGUGUGUGUGUGUGUAAUUCACCUCUUGGUCUGCUGCGGGUCUCUCUUGAGACAGCCAGCCGUUCCCCUACGGAAGAGCACAGAGCUCAUAGUACCGAUCUUUGGGUAGGACUGAGACCACUCACACACAACACACUGCGACAAUGAAGUCACAACUCCUUGCCUUACGACGUGUACCUAUUCACUGCUAGGUGAACAGGGGCUACACGUGAAAGAAGAUAAACCCAACUUAUCUUCACCCGGCUGGGGAAUCGAACCCUGGUCCUUGUGGUUGUGAGGCAGACGCUCUAUCCACUGAGCUACCGGGCCGUGUGUGUGUGCGUGUGUACCCAGUUUUGUUUCCUUAUAGUUUACAGAAUCCUAAUUGUAAUCUGAACAUAUCUGAAUAUCUCGUGUUGGUCUGUCUGUCUGACUGUGCGCAGAAACUUUUGUCAUGGAGUAAUACUGAUUGUUUGACCUUCACAUUGCAAUAUACAAGUACCACACGGGUUAUUAUUAGUUUUAUUGACGCGCUGAUAUCUUGUCUCCUAUAUACUUGAUCAACUGCUCUUCUGCUGUUGUCUAUGUUUGAAGGUUACUAGAAUACAUACAUGACAAAAGGAGAGCAGUUGGUUGAGUAGGAAAUGAGAUAUUGGUACAUUAAUAACACCAAUCUUUACCCUUCACAUUUCUUUACUUAUGCGAUCUGGGUGUUAAGUUACAAUUUGAGCGACUUUUUACACUUGAGAAAUAUAAAUAAUAAUAAUAAAAAAACUUGCAUCAUCCUAUAAUGUGAAUAAAUACUUUUCUAAACAUAAGAACAAAACAAAAACAAAAUGAAUUAACAAACACACACAUGUAAAGCACUCCCUACUGUCCUUCCUUCCUUUGUUUAACACCACAAACACACACACACACACACACACACACUAUCUAUCUCUUUCUCCUUUCCCUGUGACCACCUUUUGUGCUCUACUAAGAAUACAAAGAAGAGAAACAACAGCAUAAUUUGAGGUUUCCGUCAGACGGCAUAUUCCCCUCUUCUCUAUAACCUUUUUUAAGUUUCCUACCAUUGGACAAUCUACUGUUUUUUGCAUCUUACGUCGUCUUACCGUAAUCACAGCUCAUGAAUGUUCCCGAAGUCUGAGCGAUUGACAGGCAAGGAAAUGCAGUGAGAGGGACAGAAUAUAGAAACUGAUCCCACUAUGCAUUUCUCUUGAACUACACAUCCAACUAACUGACUGACUGGUUGUAUUAAGAAUUGACUGAAUAAGACUGAAUAACUGAUUCACUGACUGACUGAAUGAGUGGUUGUAUUAAUAAUUGCUGGACUGACUGUAUUGAUAACUGGUUGACUGAUUGACUGAAUGAAUGGUUGUAUUAUUGGUUGGUUGACUGACUGACUAAAACCUUGACUGACUGAUUUACCAACUGAAAAAGGAAAUGUUUGGUUGAGAUUGAAUGAUAAACAGAUUCACUGACUGAUUGACUGCCCGAAUUAAUAAAUUUAUGCUGAUUGACUGAAUGAUCAACUGAGUAACUGACUGAAUGGUUGUACUGAAAUAUUUUUGGAUACCUGACUGACUGAUUGUAUAAUGAGGUGGAUGGCUGUUGAAUAAAUUGUAUAACUGACUGACUAAUCCAUUAUUUUCCACUCUCCACAAUAUCUGACUGAACUGGUUACUGCUUUCCUGACUAACUGACUAACAUAACACUCCACAUCUGACUGACUGGUUGACUGACUGACCUUCCAGUCUCCCUUCACACCUGACUGGCUAGACUAGACAAGACCUUAACAUAGAUAAACUGAAAGGAAGGUCAGUUUUGAUACCACACUCACAUAUGACUUCUCUCUCUAUAUCUUUACACUCCAUCAUUACAGCGUCCUUUCCAUCACAGCAUUUUUUAUUACCUUUUGUGCCUUUUCUUUUUAUCUUCCUCCUUUGUGCAAUCUUUUUAAACAGGGGAGAAUUAAAUGAACUCUUGAAACAUUAGAUAUACACAAAUAUAUAUCAAAGAAAACCUACAUUCAUUAUCACCUCGUUAAAUUCUCAUAUACUCUUCUUUUCUUCUUGCUUUCAGAUCCCUUUACAUUUAUUUUUGGUGAUUAUAUAUUAGAAAAAAAAUGUUACCACCCCAAGUUACAUCCUCACACAUAUAUUCUACUUUUCUUCUUGCAUUCAGAUCCCAUUACAUUUAUUAGAAGAAAAAAUUUGUUAGAAGAAAAUAUUGUUACCAUGUCAAGUUACAUUUUCACACAUAUACUCUACUUUUCUUCUUGCAUUCAGAUCCCAUUACAUUUAUUUUGGGUGAUUCUGUAUUAGAAAAAAAUGUUACCACCCCAAGUUACAACCUCACACAUAUACUCUUCUUCUUGCAUUCAGAUCCCAUUACAUUUAUUUUGGGUGGUUAUAUAUUAGAAAAAAAAAUGUUACCAGCUCAAGUUACAUUCUUUCACAUCCUCUACUUUCCUCCUUGCAUUCAGAUUCCUUUACAUUUAUAUUUGGUGAUUAUAUAUU